GCGGCGGAAGGCGGGAAGCCGCGGCGCCUGAGGGCGGCGGCCCCAGAGACGCGUCCGGAGCCAUGAUGGCCGCCAAGGUGAAGGUGGAGAAGCCAGAGCUGUCCCCGGGGGCCGCCCGGCGCCGCCUGGACGCCGUCCUGGAGCAGCUGCUGCAGAGAGGGACGCGGGAGCCGCUGGAGGAGGAGCCCGGGAAGGGCCCCGGGGAGCCCCCGGCCAAGGAGGCCUCGCCCAGCGCCCCCGGGAAGAGGCCGCCCGGGCGCUUCCCGCAGCAGAGGAGGAAGAAGAGGAGGGAGGGGGGGGAAGGGCCCGAGACCCCCCCCCAGAAACAGAACUCGUUUGUGAUCCGCCUGUUCGACCGCAGCGUGGAGCUGGGGCAGUUCCCGGCCGGGACCCCCCUGUACCCCGUGUGCCGCGCCUGGAUCGGCCACAGCCCCGCCCCCGCCCCGCCCCCCGAGCAGGCCCCCCCCGCCCCCGAGGACGUCCUGGCCCUGCCCCCGCCCGGCCCCGCCCUGGCCCCGCGCGUCCCCUCCCCCCUGGGCCCCGACGAGGGAGCGGCGCCGCCCGACCAGGUGUUAGACCCCGCCCCCUCGAUUACGUCACUGAUCUACAAGAACAUGGACAGGUGGAAACGGGUCCGGCAGCGGUGGCGGGAGGCGGCGCAGCGGCAGCAGCAGCGCUACGGGCCCAGCCUGCGCCUGCUGCGAAUCAUCUACGAGCGCCAGUGAGGCCCCGCCCACCGACACGCCCACCCGGACACGCCCACCCUGGACACACCCACCCUGGACACGCCCACCCUGGACACGCCCCCACCGACCACACCCACUCUGACCACACCUACCCUGGCCCCGCCCCCUUCCCCAAUAAAAACUCCGUUGUGCCCAUA